GCUGGUCUGAGAGAGGCGAGCUCAAGUCGCCUUUAGGAAUGGCUGACAAAGCCCACACCUGCAAAUCCCUCCCUCUCAGCUCCUCCACGGCAGGUUGUACUUGGGAGACUCUCCGGUCUUUAGAGGAAUGAGCUGAGAGUGAGCCAUUCACCAGCUCACCAGCACUUGGGGGAAGCAGGAGGCAAGGAUGGACGUGGUUGACAGCCUUCUUGCAAACGGAAGCAACAUCACCCCUCCCUGCGAACUCGGGCUCGACAAUGAGACGCUCUUCUGCCUGGAUCAGCCCCGUCCCUCCAAAGAGUGGCAGCCGGCAGUGCAGAUUCUCUUGUACUCCUUGAUAUUCCUGCUCAGUGUGCUGGGAAACACCCUGGUCAUCACGGUGCUGAUUCGGAACAAGAGGAUGAGGACCGUCACCAACAUCUUCCUACUGUCUCUGGCUGUCAGUGACCUCAUGCUCUGCCUCUUCUGCAUGCCGUUCAACCUCAUCCCCAACCUGCUCAAGGACUUCAUCUUCGGGAGCACUGUUUGCAAGACCACCACCUACUUCAUGGGCACUUCUGUGAGUGUAUCUACCUUUAAUCUGGUAGCCAUAUCUCUGGAGAGAUACGGUGCGAUUUGCAAACCUUUGCAGUCUCGGGUCUGGCAAACGAAAUCCCAUGCUUUGAAGGUGAUUGCUGCUACUUGGUGCCUUUCCUUCACCAUCAUGACUCCGUACCCCAUUUACAGCAACUUGGUGCCUUUUACCAAAAAUAACAACCAGACGGCGAAUAUGUGCCGCUUUCUACUGCCGAGUGAUGUUAUGCAGCAGUCCUGGCACACGUUCCUGUUACUCAUCCUCUUUCUCAUUCCUGGAAUUGUGAUGAUGGUGGCAUAUGGAUUAAUCUCUUUGGAACUCUACCAAGGAAUAAAAUUUGAGGCUAGCCAGAAGAAAUCUGCUAAAGAAAGGAAGCCGGGCGGCGGCGGCGGCGGCGGCGGCGGCAGAUACGAGGACGGCGAUGGCUGCUACCUGCAGCAGUCCCAGCACCCGAGGAGGCUGGAGCUCCGGCGGCUGUCCGCCGGCAGCGUGGGCAGGGUCAGCCGCGUCCGGAGCAGCAGCUCGGCGGCCAGCCUGAUGGCCAAGAAGCGCGUGAUCCGCAUGCUCAUGGUCAUCGUGGUCCUCUUCUUCCUGUGCUGGAUGCCCAUCUUCAGCGCCAACGCCUGGCGGGCCUACGACACCGCCUCCGCCGAGCGCCGCCUCUCGGGGACCCCCAUUUCCUUCAUCCUCCUCCUCUCCUACACCUCCUCCUGCGUCAACCCCAUCAUCUACUGCUUCAUGAACAGACGGUUCCGCCGCGGCUUCAUGGCCACCUUCCCCUGCUGCCCCAGCCCUGGGCCCCCGGGGGCGAGGGGGGACGUGGGGGAGGAGGAGGAGGGCCGGACCACCGGGGCCUCGCUGUCCAGGGGCUCGUACAGCCACGUGAGUGCCUCGGGGCCGCCCCCCUGAGCUG